AUGUUGCAUAUGAAACUAUUUAAUUUUAUAUUAAUAUUAUUGUGCAUUAAAUCGAACAUUUUUUCAGUUUUAUCAAAAUUAUCAAAAUUAGAGAAUGAUGUCAACAAUGCAGUACGUUAUAGUAUAUUUCCCGUUGGUGAUUUGUCAUAUAAUAUAAAACUGCGUCAGUACAUAAUUCUGUAUGGAUAUUUGGUUCCAUCUGCAGCUACAGAUUCAAAUACAGAUAUGUACAUGAGUGUAUUUCAUAUUUAUACGAACUGUUCAUUUGCUGAAUGGCUUCAGAAUAAACUAUUUAAAUUUAUCGAAAAAUUCCCAAUAUUUUAUCAAUUGAAAUUUCAAAACACUAAAAAUAAUGAAUUUAAUAGACCUUUUGUAAGACCGAAUAUAAUUGAUAAAUUAAUUGAAAUCGACUCUUUUGUUAAACGCUUCAUAAAUAUUUUACUUCACAACUUUUUACAUCUCGCUGAUUCCAGAGAUUAUGAUACGUCGUUAUUAAGAACAAUGUUAUUACUACAAUUUAGAAUUCACUUUUUGACGCUCCUUGUAGAUACCAAACAACCACCAUCAGAUGAUGUAGUAGUUCGUUCAAUUCUUGAAAUAAUGAACUUAAUUCAAACGUUCAUGGCCACGAAUUGUGAUGUUCACACUUAUAAUAAAAAAUAUUAUAAAGAUGAUAAAAAACAUUGUAUUGAUGAUGAAUAUUUUAUUAAAUCAUCACAUUUCUUCGAUUUCUGGAUAACUAAAUCAGCUGACACAAAUGAAUUCAUUGAAAAGAUUUUCAAACUUAUAGCCGAAAUGGGUUUAGAAGAUAGUAAUAAAUAUUGUAAUACAGAUCAAAUGUUGUUGGUAAAUAUUGUGGCAGAGAACCCAGAUCAUCCUGUUUUAUGGGAGAUUUCUCACGCAGUAGUUUAUACAAAUUCUAAAACAAUUAAGAUUUACCAAAUACUAAACAAAAUUGAAAAACGUGAGUGUGACCUUGAACUAAUAUUAUGGUAUCAGGAAUCAAUUUUUAAUGCAAUAGUGAAAUUGAUAUACAGUAAAAUAAUAACAGCCUUGCAACAAGGAACUUCUAAGCCGGAAGAGAUUGUUGAGUCAAUACCAAAAUUCAUUGAAUUGCCAACAGAUGUCACUGAUUAUUUUACGAGCAUAAUAUAUGAUAUAGAUGAAGAGGAUGAACAGAUUAAUACCGAUGAUAUUAAAGAAAAAUUGAUUAAAAAGAUUACUGAUCUUCGUGACUCGAUUAACAAUAUAAUUUUAAUAACUUAUAAUACAACAAAAAAUCAAGACGUAUCUGAUUUAGUUGAAUUUACAACAUAUAUGAGAUCAAACAGUGAAAAGUUUUACUGUUAUAUUUCGGUGUGUAAAUUCCUACGAAAUGAAUUCACUAAAUAUUACAUACCAUUUAUGAGGGAUCUGUCAAAAGUCGAACACAUUGUGUACGAGAAUGUUAAAAUCGAUGAAUUCGUUCGAUCCGAUGUAGAUGGUGAACUAAAAAAUAGUAGCAGGUGUCAAUAUGUUAGAGAUUUGUACAGUCUCUGUCUCGAAGCAACCACAUUUUUAAAAAUGACUUAUGAACAAGAUGAUUUGAUACACGAAUACUUAGAGGAACUAAAUACUAUUUUGUCAACGAUUAGAAAGUGGUCCGUUGAGGUGAUCGAACGUUGUACGUACAAGGGCUGCGGGGAGCUUUUAAAAGUGUCAUACCAUAUUUACGUUGUCUUGAAUCCAAAGCACAAGGAUCAUUUUAAAUACAUUCAAGCGCCGAUGUUCAUGUCAUUGAUAAUGUCUAUUUUAAAUACCUAUGGUAUUGAUCACUGUAGUCCACCAAAAUUCAAUUUCUUGUUAUUUAACAGUUCAUAUCUCGAGGCCAUAGGCAAUGAUGCUGUACUUAAUAAACGUUUAAAUUCAUUUGUGCAGAGCCUUGAGGUUUACCGAAACAUACCGAUAGCUGCAAACUAUUCAACUUUUUUAAACAUCGAAUUUUUUUAUAAAACAUUUCUUGAAGAAACGGCUUUGUUCACUAAAAACAAAGACAAGGUCAGUUUUUUUUACAAAGGUGAAAGGAAGUACAUUCAUGAAAUUUACAAUAACAUACGUGCAAUUAUUUUGGACCCUUCGCAUGUGUUCAAAUUGUAUGAUAUAUAUUUCAAAUUCAUUCUUUGUUCUAUAUUUUACAAAGUGUGGGUUUUCGCUAAUUACUCAGUCAAAAAAAGUCAGCAACAAUCGAAUGUAUUACGGGUUGAUGAUUGUGAUGACUUUCAAAAUCAUUAUAAUAUGUUUCUUAAUGUUGAAAAUUUUCCCUCAAAUUUAUCGAUUUUUGUGUCUAAUGUUGAUCGAUUUUCUACGAUGGUAUAUAAUCUAUGUUAUAUAAAAGCAGAGAUAAUCAAAAAUAACCACAAAAAAAGUAAGUCUAAAGAUAAAGUACCACAGUUCAAAGAUUCUAGGACAGUAAGCGAUUCAGAUGAGCUGUAUCUUAAAAUAUACAAAUUAAAAAACAAUAUGAAUAAGCAAUUUGAAGAAUUUGGUAUGUUCAUAACAAAAAUAUUAGAAGAGAUUCUGGAAACGCCAUUAACCCUAAAGGACAAAUUUAAAUAUACUCUUCUUCGAAAAACCAAAAAAACAGAAUUGAUAGAAAAAAUUUUCGGAGAUAUGACUGUGAAGACCUGCGAACUAGUCAAGGCUGCUAACAAUAUGCUCUCAGAACUCAUAAUCAAUAUUUAA